AUGAAGAGUGAAAACGAAACUUCUUCAGUAGACUUCAUUCUGCUGGGAUUCCUGAGUCGGACCAAUGUACACAUGUUCCCCAUGGCCAUGAUCUUAUUAGCCUUCAUCGCCGCCUUGUCUGGGAAUGCUCUUCUCAUGCUUCUAAUCCAAGUGGAUUUCUCCCUUCACACUCCCAUGUACUUUUUCCUCAGACAAUUGGCCUUCAUGGACAUCUGUCAGACACUGAUAAUUGUCCCCAAAAUGUUAGCUGACUUCCUGAUCCCAGGCAACCCCAUUUCUCCAGCUGGCUGUGGGACUCAGAUUUUCCUUGCGUUGACAAUGGGUGCAUCAGAGUGCCUGCUCCUGGCGGUCAUGUCUUAUGACAGGUACAUAGCGAUCUGCAACCCCUUGCAGUACCCUGUCCUCAUGAGAAGGAGCAUCUGCUUUCUUUUAUCAGUUGGAGUCUGGAUGGGAGCAUCAGUAAAUGCAUUCAUUCAGACAGUGUUCACACUGGGUUUCCCCUACUGUGGCUCCAAAGAGAUUGACCACUUCUUGUGUGAGAUCCCAGCCCUGCUCAAAUUGUCCUGCUCUGACACCUCUCGAUAUGAGACUCUGCUGUUUGUGGCUGGCAUUGUCAUGCUCCUCAUCCCUUCUUCCCUUAUACUAGCCACUUACGCUUGUAUCCUCUACAGGGUCCUGAGCAUGAAGUCUACCAAAGGACAGCAGAAAGCUCUGGCCACCUGCUCCUCCCAUCUCACUGUGGUGGUCAUGUUUUACGGGGCAGCCAUCUUCAUGUACAUGAGACCCAGCUCCUACCACUCUCCAGAGCAAGACAAGAUUGUGUCUCUGUUUUACACCAUUGUCCCCCCAGUACUCAAUCCACUCAUCUACAGCCUGAGAAACAGGGAUGUCCUACAUGCCCUCAGAAAGUGGAUUGGGAAAUGCAGACACUUCCAGCAAGAUUGACAGAAGUUGUAGCCGAGCCAGAUAUCAUGGAAAAGGGCAAAAGGGAGAAACAGGAAGCUUUCAAGGUUUACA